CUAUGUCUGUCCCGCCCUUUUGAUCCGGAGAUAGACAUAAACCCCUUCUUCAACCCUCACUCCAAGCUCGGAACUUUGGGUCUCAGCUCACAAACCCAUCUCUGAAGCUCCCUCCAAAGUCUACGUAUAUGAACUCUCUUGUCUUCACCCACUUCUCACUGCCAAGGUGGAACAAUGAUUGGCCUUUUGCUCCAUCACUGAACCUGUUGCAGUUUCAAGGUGUCAACAUACAUCAUAAAAGGGGCCAUACCGCUUCAGCAAGGAAAAAAGCAGUUAAGAAUUCCGUCCUGUUGGAAUUAACUGAAGAUGAGGCUGAUGUGAGAAAGAAGAUGCCAAGGACUGCUAAGAAAGCAACCGGUAGAACAAGAAAGAAAUCUACGGUAGAUUCUCCUGUUGAUCCCUCUGAAUCGGCUGUGACUAGUGAUGAGGAAACAGUUGCAUCUGCAUCAGUUGAAGAUUCCCAGAAGAAACCCCGAAAGACUCGGAAGAAAGCUGCAUCUACUUCUACAACUGUGGAAGACAAGCCUGAGAAGGUGAGGAGAGGAAGGAAGACUAAAAAGAAGAUUAAUGAUGUCGAAGAUAAAGUUAGUGAGACUGAAUUAAGUGAAGCAGAGGACUCCACUUUUGUUGCCAAUGCAAGCGAUGAGAGCGAGGUAGAGCUAGAUUUGGGAAAGGAUGAUGGAGAAGAUAUAAGUGACUCAUAUGGGUGGCCUACUCUCAUCUGCUGUUUUGGAGCCGCCCAACAUGCCUUUGUACCCUCUGGGAGGCCAGCUAACAGACUCAUAGACUACGAAAUCCAUGAGAGAAUGAAGGAUGCUUUGUGGGCCCCAGAGAAGUUCUUCAGGGCUCCAGGAGGCUCUGCAGGGAGUGUGGCGACUGCUCUCGCAACCCUAGGUGGUAAAGUUGCUAUGAUGGGUAAACUCGGGGGUGACGAGUAUGGGCAGGCAAUGCUUUAUUAUUUGAAUGUCAACAAUGUUCAGACCCGGUCAGUCCGUAUUGAUAAUAAGAGGCAGUCGGCAAAGUCAGUGAUGAAGAUUGGGAAGAGAGGUCGAUUGAAAAUGAGUUGCAUCAAACCUUGUGCAGAGGAUUCUUUAUCAAAGUCUGAUAUCAAUAUCGAUGUCCUGAAGGAGGCGAAGAUGUUCUACAUCAACACUCACUCCCUCCUUGAGCGAAAUAUGAGAUCAACAGCCCUUCAGGCAAUCAAGAUCUCAAAGAAACUUGGAGGGCUUAUAUUCUACGAUGUCAAUCUCCCGCUGCCUCUGUGGCACUCGAGCGAGGAGACCAAGGCAUUCAUACAGCAGGUCUGGGAGCUCGCUGAUUUUAUAGAGGUGACCAAGCAAGAGCUCGAGUUCCUUUGUGGUAUUGAUCCCUCUGAGGAAUUUGACACCCAGGACAACUCAAAGGCUAAGUUCAUGCACUAUGAUCCUGAAAUAUUGGAACCGUUGUGGCACCAGAAUCUCAAGGUCUUGUUCAUGACAAAUGGAACUUCAAAGAUUCACUACUACACAAGGGAACAUGACGGCGCCGUCCACGGGAUGGAGGAUCCCCCUCUCACUCCAUUCACUUGUGACAUGUCAGCAUCGGGAGAUGCCAUUGUUGCCGCUCUCAUGAGGAUGCUGACGGUUCAGCCACAACUGAUCACUGAGAAAGGCUACUUAGAACACUCGAUAAAAUACGCAAUUGACUGCGGGGUCAUAGACCAGUGGCUUCUCGCGAGAACGCGGGGGUUCCCUCCAAAGGAAGGCAAAGAGAUGGCCACGCCCGACCCCAACGGGAUCCUUUCAAUAACUGAAAAGGAAUAUCGAACGCAGGCGUUAGAGGCUGUGAGUUAGUUCAUCAUAGUACUGCAGAUUUUUUUCCUUCUCCCCUGUAAAGUAAACCGAGUGAUUCGUUCUUUAUUGGUGUUUGGCUUCAUAACCGUAAGAGUUAGUUGUUGUAGAACCAAUUUUUUGACUCACUGUUACUUGACUCAAUUGCUGAAGCGAAAGUUCGACGCUUUACAACCGCA